AUGGGAACUGUCCGCAACGUGGUCAUAGUGACCCUAACGGUCUUUUUCUUGGUCUUCAUCGCCUUCUUUGGGAGACUUCCAGCGUUGAGGAAUACACCUAUAGGAGCUUUGCACCGACUUAUAUGGCUUUAUAUUCCCCAUGGUUUCCGGUCUGCAGACCAGAGGCUUACGAACGGCCGUCUCAGCGCUUCUAUAUUGAGACUGGCUCAUACCCUAUGGAAUGACCGUCAUCCUGUUGUUAUGAUAUUUUUCAUUCUCCUCCUAUCCAUCUCGGAAAUUAUGUUUCUUCCGCCCGCUUGGCCGUUGCUCAGCGUCCUAGAGAAACUUAUCUCUAUGACUCUUCUCCUUUUCCCCUACGUAUUUCUGUACGCCGCGGCAGCAAGUGACCCUGGCUAUAUCACACCAGAAAAUCACGCCAGUCAGAUGUCCCUUUACCCUUACGAUUUUACCAUCUUUCACCCUGGCCAAGAAUGCCCUACCUGUCGCCUCCUCAAACCAGCGCGCUCAAAACAUUGCAGCGUAUGCAAGCAUUGUGUAUCAAAGCUUGAUCAUCACUGCGUCUUCAUCAAUAAUUGUGUAGGGUACGGGAACCAACACUGGUUCCUGCUCCUGCUGUUCACCACAGGCGUCUUGAUCAUGUAUGCGACCUAUAUCGGAACUUCUCUACUUUCCUCCCUCAUUCUAGAGCACAUCCCAUCAUGGAGACCACUCGGCAGUGGGCUCACAUGGUCUCAAUAUUUUCAGGUCUGGGGUUGGGCUUUGCAGGAGAAUACCCGCCUCGGAUCUGUGACUCUACUCUGUAUCCUGACAUCGCCUCUAGUUUGGGGACUCUUGGGGUAUCAUAUGUACCUGAUCUGGGCCGGUACGACAACAAAUGAAUCAAUGAAAUGGUCAGACUGGCAGGCCGAGAUGUCAUAUGGCUACGUUUUCAAACGUGCCCUCCCCGCGGAUCGCCAGAAAGACAUACACACCGAACCAGAAUGGACUACAUGGCCAGCCGAGAGCCAGCAAAUUGUUCUGCAGACCAAUGAUGGUUUGCCACCAAGAGAUCCUGGCGCGAUUGGUGUUGGAGAGUGGCAGCAGGUUUGGAAACUCGCUGAUGUAGAGAAUCUAUAUGAUUUGGGGUUCCGGGAUAAUUUGGCAGAUAUCUUCUGCCCAAGGCUUGGUUUUCGUCACGUAGAUGUCGUCGCUCAGGACUUGAGGAACCGUCCUUCGCCAUGA